CCUGGCUGCCAGGCUGGCCUGGGCACAGCAGGAAACAUCAUGACUUAGGUGGCUCUGCCCAAAGGUGCACCAGCCGUGAUGCAGCAGCCACGAGUGGAGACGGAUAUCAUCGGGGCUGGCGAGGGACCCCAGCGGGCAGUGCCCUGGUCAGCCUGGGUCACCCGUCAGGACUGGGUGCGCUGGUGGGCAUGCCACAUGCCCCGGAGCUGGUCCCAGUGGUGGAAUACAUCAGGUUGGCGGCAACCUCUACAACAUAUGCUAUGGGGUCUGGAGGGGACACUCUACCUGCUGCUGUCCCUGAUGCUAUGUCAUGCACUCUUCACCACGGGCUCCUACCUGCUGAGCUCCCUGUGGCCUGUGGUGGCUGUAGUGUGGAGCCACCUGCUGCCAGCUAUCCUGCUGCUGGCACUCAGUGCCCUGCCUGCUCUGCUCUUCACGGCCUCCUUCCUGCUGCUCUUCUCCACGUUGCUGAGCCUCGUGGGCCUCCUUACCUCUAUGACUCGCCCAGGCUAUGCUCAGAACUUGGACCAAUAGAAGGGCAACCCCAUCUUA